UAUAUUAUUUCAACAAAAUCUCCCCGCUAGCUCCCUCUUAAAAUUAACGUACAAAAAUUAAUAUAUGGGGCUUCUAAAGGACAAAGGUGUUGUUUACAAGCCCGUGGACGAUAUCGAUCUUGGCCCUCACAGCAAAGAAGUCUACCUCCAUGCCGACGUCAAAGCUCCUCGUAUGGCUGGAACUCUUGCAAAAAUAUUUGUUUGGUUUUUGGAGUUGAAGAUCAUUGGUGAUGCCUUGUUGUAUUUCCUCAAAAAGAACAAUCGAAUUCAAAAGCUUGUUUCAUUUGCAGUUUUGGAAGAUUUACCUCUAUAUGUUCCUUUACAUCCUUAUGAAGAUGUUAAACAAGAUGAAAAUUCAAAAUGCCUGGACUCUAAUUUAUCACCAGCAGAACAAGUUCAAGAGGCCAAAGACUGUUUAGAAUCUUCAAAAACGACACUCAAAGAUUCAAUAUCAGAUAACAGUUUCCGUCGCUACACGAUAAUGGAUUAUUCAAAAGCAUAUACAUCACGAGAGAUAACUCCUCUCAUGGUUUCAGAGCGUUUAGUAUCUGCGAUCUUGCAAUCUUCAGCUCCAGGGAUGGGUAUGUCAUUCUUCAUUAACUAUGAAUCUAAUCAUAUUCUAAAGCAAGCUACUGAGUCAACUCUUCGGUACGAGAGAGGAGAACCAAUUUCAGUUCUAGACGGAGUUCCAAUUGCUAUCAAGGACGAAAUAGACUGUAUGCCAUAUCCAACCACGGGAGGCACUAGGUGGUUGCAUAAGGUAAGAGCUUGUAACGAAGAUGCUUGUUGUGUAAAGCGCCUAAGGUCAUGUGGCGCCAUACUUAUAGGGAAAACAAAUAUGCAUGAACUUGGUGCAGGAACCAGUGGAAUAAACCCACAUUAUGGGACAUCGCGAAAUCCAUAUGACCCCAAACGAAUCUCUGGUGGUUCAUCUAGCGGAUCUGCUGCUUCUGUAUGUGCAGGGCUAUGCCCAGUAGCCCUUGGUGUUGACGGGGGAGGAUCUGUGAGAAUGCCUGCUGCUCUUUGUGGUAUUGUUGGAUUAAAGCCAUCCUUUGGCCGCAUACCACACUCUGGGGUUAUUCCUUUGAACUGGACAGUUGGAAUGGUUGGGGUACUAGCCGGCACAGUUGAGGAUUCUAUGAUCACUUAUGCUGCAAUGAGUGGAAAUGCUGAAACACAUCAACCUACUAUGCAGCCUAAACUGUAUCUGCCAAUUCUAAAGCCUUAUAGUCAGAUGUCUAGUAUCACGCUUGCUAAAUCCAAAGAGUGGUUUAACGACUGCAGUGAUGACAUAAGAAUCUCCUGUUUAAGUGCUCUGGAUAAUCUUCAUACAUGCUACGGAUGGCAGACUGUGGAAGUGACUAUACCAGAUAUAGAGGUGAUGCGGCUGGCACAUUAUGUAACUAUUGGAGCAGAAUGUUCAACUUCUCUUGGUCAUUAUUUGGAAAAUAUUAACAAGUCAGAAUCAGGGUCAGAUGUAAGAGUAGCACUAUCUGUAUAUGGAGCUUUCAACAGUAGGGAUUACUUGAAUGCGCAACGGAUAAGGAACCGUCAAAUGAAGAUUCAUGAAAGGAUAUUCACAAUGGCAGAUGUCAUCGUCACACCUACAGUCGGUGUGACAGCAUACGAAAUAAAAGAUGAUGCUCAAGAAACCGGUGAAUUGGACUACAUAAAUGGAGCUGCACUUGUACGAUAUUCUAUAAGUGGAAACUUUUUGGGGUUGCCGGCUGUGACUGUUCCGAUCGGAUAUGACAAACUUGGAUUGCCCAUUGGCAUUCAAUUUAUUGGGAAGCCUUGGUCUGAAGCAUUGUUGAUCCAGAUUGCUUACGCAAUGGAGGCCUUGUGCAAGGCAGAAUACAAGAAGCCUAAAGUUUACUAUGAUCUACUAACUAAGAGCUGAUUGCAUUACAGAUCAACUACUUACAGCAAUUUCUAUGCAAAACUGCAGAAUAACUUUUUCUUUCGAUACAUUAUUAGAAUAAUGUAAAGGUUAAGUCGCACCUUUUUUCAAUAUGAUAUCCUAGAUAGUUUUUAAGUA